AUGGACCUAGAUCGUGUAACUCCGACUGGCAAUCCCAACUACAAAGUCUACCUUUCCGACGAGGCCAUCAAGUCCCUUGUCUGCCGCAGUCUACCUGACAUCCAGGACAAACACGUUACAGUCGAACAGCUUGGAUCUGGAAAAUCAUUCAAUAACAGAAUCUACUACAUACACCUCAGCACCCCCGCCUCGAUUGCUAGACCCAGCUGGAACGGUGGUGCUGUCGACAUCACAAAGAAUCCCACCCGUGAACAGGUGACAAGCCUCGUGCUCAAGAUUUCAGGGUUCCCCUUCGGCGGCGAGAAGAUCCAGAACGAACUUACCUGCUUGUUACUCCUCGAAAAGUACUGUCCGUCCAUUCCGGCCCCGAAGCUGGUCGCGUGGUCCGAAGACGGGCGCCGCAUCAAGACGCCUGUCGACAGACGAGGUUCACGAGAGCGCGCAGUCUCCGCACCGAGCCAGCUGAAAUCGCUGACUCUCGAAGAUGAUACAACCAGGGCCCGUGAGGAAACAAAUGGCCAGGGGUGGCUUCUCAUGACACGCACGCCCGGCCGAACAAUUACUCAAGAGGACCUCGUGGCACACGGCAAGGUCAUCAUGGACGAAAUCGCCGAGCACGUCGCGACCUGGCGAAAAUGCCUACCACCCACGCGCGCAGCAGGCAAUAUGCGCUUGAUCGGCAGCAGUUCCAUCCCUCCUGCUUCUGCGACGUUGUACGACAAAUCCAUCCUGCCCGGUCUCGACGUGUACAUCCAGGGCAUCAUCAUGUACAAAGACCGCCCACAGGCCCCCCUGAACUCCUACCUCGAGUAUAUCACGUACAUUCUCCGCACGAACCUCAAGAUGCUUCAGGCGAAUGCACUGAUUGGCUUGCACAGAGACAAGCUCAAGGACAUCGUGAGGCAAUUCAUAAAGGACACCCUCCCCAAGCUCUCCCUGCUCAACCCGGAGAAGGAAAAGAGACAGACCGAGUGCAUGGCCUUUACACACUACGACAUAUCCCCGCGCAACGUGCUCGUUGAACGAUGCGGUCCUGGCACCGGCACCGGCGCCGACCCUCCACGCGUGUCCGUCUGCGCCGUCAUCGACUUCGAAUUCGCGGGUUUCUACCCAUCUCCCGAAGAGUUUACCCACACCGUCGAAAACAGCCACUCCGAGUGGGCCGUGGCAUUGUUCGGCGAGUUCCUGGCCGGCGUGGGCCGUCGCGACGCUUUGCCCGCCUGCAUCGCGGAGAACGUUUCCCCCGAACCGAUGGACGGCGUGGUGAUCAACUUCGGAGAAGAGGAGCACUUCCCGUUCGGAGGCCCCGAGUUCCAUCAGGCCGUCCUGCUCCAUCGUAUCGCCGCGAACAUUGCACCCUGGUGGAUUAAGGAGGACAGCGGAUACACGCCUGAAGCGUUGAAGAAGGAACUCGACGACGCCAAGGCUCGAAUUGAGAAGGCGGUCCAGAUCCUCGAGAAGAUGCUCAAGGAGGGUAAGUAG